AUUGACUUCAGCAAGAUGGUAGCCUUCAACACAUUACCAAAGCUCUGUGUAGUUGUGGCAUUUGGGCUCUCUACCACUGCCACCUCUACUGAAGUAGCCCAGGAGCAACCCAAGAAGGAAUCAGUGGUCAGUGGAUCAUUACGUAAGAAUGACGAGUCUACCACAAAGCCUGUGGAUCUAAUGUUACCGACAAAGAUUGAGACUCAGGAUCACUGUGAGACCGGAGAACCUUCUAGCCUUUCUCUUGAAUGGCUUCUAUUACCCGAGCCCCAAAGCAGAAAACGUCUACUUGACGAGUUGCCAUUUGACUUAGCCAUUGAUGUAUCAAUGGAUUUUAAUGAGCCAAUAAAGAGCAAAACAAGAAACCGUAUUAGGAAGUUUUUCUCACUGAGUGAAAAAGAGCAACAGGCAAAGCGUUUAGCUUCAUAUGGUUUCUAAUUGUAAAUCGCCAAUCAUAGAGUAC